GCCGGGAUGAGCUUCCCGCGGCCCCUGCGCCGCUCCGUCAGCCUCAGCCCGGCCCGCACCCUGCGCCUCGUCGUGCUGGGGCAGAGCGCCGUGGGCAAGACAGCAUUGACCGUACGAUUCAUCACCAGGAGAUUCAUUGGAGACUAUGAUCCAACUCUGGAAAUGAUCUACAGGCACGUGGCUGUCAUUGACGGGGAGAUGGUGCACUUUGAGAUCCUUGACACGGCAGGACAGGAGGAGGACUCCCUGCAGAUCGAGGAGAAGAUCAAGUGGGGCGACGGCUUUGCCGUGGUGUACUCGGUGACCGACCGGUGCAGCUUCGACGAGGUGAUGCGGCUCUGCUUCCUCAUCAACCACCUCCACGCCAGCCCCAAGCGCAGCGGCGGCGCCGAGCAGCCCCCCGUCGUCAUCGUGGGCAACAAGAAGGACCUGCAGUUCGACAGGAUGGUGUCCACAGAGGACGGCGAGAACCUCUCCAAAGCCCUGAAGCUUCCCUUCUACGAGAUCUCCACCCGGGACAGCUACGAGGAGCCAGUGGCCGUGUUCAGCAGCCUCUACCAGGAGCUGCUGAGGCAGGGGCACUUCUCCCCGGGCUCCUUCAAGAGGAGGACAGUGUCCAAGCUGAUGGAGAAGAUUCCCAAGAUGCAGGCCAGCUCCACCCUGAACUCUGUGGGCCGGAGCCUCAGCUUUAACUCCUUCAGGGACUACAUCCCUGAGUUCCAAGUCACCCCAGGCCUGACAUCUCCACCUCGCCGGGGCAGCCCAUCCCUGGGGGAGGCAAAUCGACCUGCCCAGAUUUCGGAUGCACACCGAGCCCUUAGGCUCAGAUCCCCCUUCUCCAUCCCAGAAGAGCAGCAUUCCCAGGGCAGCUUCUCCCGUUGAUGCCCUGCCGCUCAGCAGCAAGGACACGACGGAGCCGAUUCCAGGAGGUACAAAUGCUGUUGCUUGCAGGGGCCCCUGUGUCUGUUCAUUAAUUUCCCCAUUCCCAAAGGGAGAAUCACCACGGGCUGAGAAUUUGUCUGUUUGCACAGGGAUGGGGCAGGAAAUACAUGGGAAGGAUCCAGGUCACAGCUCACGUUUCCCUCCCUCCCUGCCAGUGCUGGGGGCUCUGUGGCUGUUCAGGGUGGCUGUGCUGGGACCUUGUGGUGUGACCUCUCCCUUGUCCCCCCUGUUGUGACCGACCCCAUUGUCUGCUGCUGCGUCCUGUGACAAUAAAAGCCGAGUUCCCAAGCACCUGUGCUGCUCCCAUG